AUGGAGCAGCGGGUACGGCUGGCAAAGCAAUGGGUGGCGAACCCUAGCAAUAGCCAUGAGCUGACCCACGGGCUCGGCGGCGUCCUUUUAUAUGAAGACAUAUGGAAUGUUAGGAUCCAUUUUGACAAUAAUGCUCUGUUAGAGAGGAAAUUAAGCUGUUCAGAUGUGACAUAUCUAAAUAUGGUUGCAUUGAUGGAAACCCAAGGCUUUAGUAUUGAUGAUCCACUGAUGUUUUACAUGGAGACCCCAGGAGAGCAGGGCUUGGAAUUGGUUGAUAGUAAUGUUAAACUACAGUUGAUCAAGAGGCAGAAUGAGGAGAGUUUGGUGCUUAAUUUGCUAUUUAGGGCUUGUCCACCAGCUGUCAGUGUACCACAGAAGGGUUUUGUACAGAAGCAAAAUUUAGAUAUAACUGAAUAUUCUGAGCCUGUUGUUUUUGAUCUUGCCGAUCCUCCUGUUUAUGCUGUUGAUCAGCAAGGUGUUGCUUAUGAAGGUCAGAGUAGCAGUUAUAUUGCAGCUGUAGGCCCUGCUGUUUUAACACAAGAGAGCAGGAGUGUUCUAAAUCCCAAGUUAAAAGAAGUUGUGGAAGAAGAACAAGUUGGCUAUGAUGGCAGUUAUGCAUGUUCAUCUGAAGGAUCUGAAGGGCAGUAUGAUAGUGACAUGGGGGAUUUAAGGCCUAACUAUAAUGAGGAAAUGCAUGAUGCUGAAGACAUGGAGAUGGAAGAGGGAAAUAGACAGAGAGAGGAAGAAGUACAAGAGCAACAUGAGGAAGAAACAGAGGAUGAAGAAUCAGAAGAAGAAUUAGAGGAUGAAGAACAAGUGCAUUAUGAGGGUGACACAGAGGUAGAGGAAUUAUUUGAGUUGGAGGAUGAUGACCCUAUUGUUCCAGAAGAGGAGGAAAAAAUAUAUGUGCCAGCAAAGAAGAAGCAGAAGUUGCAAGUAAGGAGGGGACCAACAACAAGGUCACAUUCCAGUGUUUUAGAAGAAGUGCAACCUGAUUGGAAACCAUCAUCAGAUGAAGAAGAUGAUAGUUUAUUGAAGGACAGUGAAGAUGAUGGGUUUGAGCCACUAGCAUUUGUGCUACCUCAAAAAAGGAAGAGUAGGGCAAAGAAGAGGCCAGCUAGAGUAUGGUACAAUGAGGAUUUGGAACAACCACACCAACAACUAAAACUGCAUAUGUGCUUCAAAGAUCAACAUCAAUUCAGAGAUGCUCUGUUGAGCUUGCACAUCACUCAGUGCAGAGACUUCAAGUAUCACAGGAACUCAGAUCAGAGGAUCAUUGUGCAUUGCAAGAAUGAACAUUGUAAGUUCUGCAUUGUGGCAGCUGUUAUAAAAGGGGAAAACACUUUUGUAAUUAAGAAGAUGAGGAUACAACACACCUGCCCUAGUUCUACUGAAACAAGCAGGGUAAGUGCAAAGUGGCUUGCAAAGCAAUAUGAGCCACUAUUCAGAUCUGAUGUCAGUACUAGCAUACAUACACUUAUUGAUGCCUGCAUGGAAAAGUAUGGUGUGGAUGUGCCCAAGGCUAUGGCAUAUAGGGCAAAAAACUUAGCUGUUGAGGCUGUGUUGGGAGAUCAUAGGAAGCAAUACCCAAGGCUGAGAGACUAUGCUCAGACUGUGAUGGAUACAAACCCUGGGAGUAGAGUUAUAGUCACCACUGUAACUCCAAAAGCCACUGAAAAAAUCCCACAUCCAGGACCAAGAUUCCAUGCCAUGUUUUACUGCAUCAAUGGAGCAAGGGAGGGAUUUCUACAGGGCUGUAGACCAUUCAUUGGUAUUGAUGGAUGUUUUAUCAAGCUGACCACUGGUGCACAAAUCCUUGCUGCCACUGGUAGAGAUGGCAAUAACAACAUAUACCCACUGGCAUUUGGCAUUGUUGGACAAGAGGACAAAGCAAACUGGUGCUGGUUUCUACACCAACUGAAGAUUUGUCUUGGAGGAGAAGUUGGACAGUAUGGUCCAUAUACUAUAAUGUCAGACAGACAGAAGGGGCUAUUAUAUGCAGUGAAUAGAGUUUUUCCUAACAGUCAUCAAAGAUUCUGCUUAAGACACAUAUAUGCAAACUUCCAGAAUGCUGGCUUUAGGGGGGAGGACCUUAAGAAGUGCAUGGAUAAUGCUAGUUAUGCAUAUAAUGAACACAAAUUUAAUAAAGCAAUGGAUGAUCUCAAAGCUGAGAGUGUGGAAGCUUGGCAGUGGCUUAGUGCAAUACCCAAGAAAACAUGGGCUAGGCAUGCAUUUGACACAAAUAGCAAGACUGACUUGGUUGUCAACAAUUUGUCAGAGGUGUUUAACAAGUACAUCCUAGAUCAUAGGAAAAAACCAAUAAGAACUAUGUGUGAUGGCAUAAAGGAUAAGCAGAUGGUUAGGUGGCACAGGAAUAGAGAGAGUGGAAGGGAAGCUAGAUGGGAGAUCACACCACAUUACAGUGAGAAGUUGGAGAUUGAAAAGGAAAGGGCCAGAAAGUGGGACCUCAGUGGCAUCCCAUGUAACCAUGCCAUCUCAGCAAUCAACAAGGCAAAAAGGUUUCCAGAGGACUUUGUAAGCAAAUUCUUCAAGAAACCAUAUUAUUUGGCAGCAUAUGAACCAAUGAUAUAUCCUGUCCUUGGUGAGCAUGACUGGACAAAGACCCCAGGUCCAGACAUAGAACCACCAGCAUUUAAAGUGAAGAAAGGAAGAAGGAAAGAGAAGAGAAUAAAGGGAAAAUUUGAAGUUCCAAAGCCAAAGUCCACCUCAAGAAUGGGGACAAUAACUUGUAGCAAUUGUGGAUUACAAGGGCAUAAAUACACAACCUACCUUAAACAGUUGAAACCUGAGUUGGCCUUAAGAAAGAACAAACAUGUGCCUGCUGGAAGGAAUUCACAAGCAAGAGGUGUUGCUCCUACAGCUCCUGCAACAACACCUAGAGCUGCUUCAGCAACAGCUAGAUCUCCUGCACCAACAACUAGGGCUCCUACACCAACACCUAAAGCUCCUGCACCAACACCAAGAGCUGCUCCACCUGCAACAACUAGGGCUCCUGCUCCAACACCAGGAGGAAGAACUGGAAGUGCUGCUGGUAGAGGUGGUGGAAGUGGUGCUGGUAGAGGUGCAGGAAGAAGGGCUGGUGGUGGAAGAGGAUCUGGAAGAGCAUCUUCUAGUGCUCAAUCUUCUGCUGGGAGAGGUGCAAAUUCUUCAAGGCCUUUCUCUGCCCCAAGGCAGUAUGGUGCCUCAACUUCUAGUGCUCCUCCACCAACUGAUGGCACACACACUGGAUGGAUGGCCUGGUUCAAUGCUAGUAGAGGUGGCAGAAGGUGA